AUGUCCGGCCUUCCUCACUACGCGAAUUGGGUAAAUGGCAAAUACUCGUCACCCACUUCAGAUCAUAUAAUAGUAUCCAACCCGGCGACGGAGGAGUCUAUCGCCACUGUCGAUGCCACAUCUCAGGAGGCUGUCAACUCCAUUAUCAAGGAGUCGUUGUCGAACUUUCGCAAUGGCACUUGGUCUAUAGCCGAUGCCACAAUCCGAUUCAAUGUCCUUGUCAAGGCAGCUGCUCUUCUGCGAUCUCGCAUGGAAGAGUUCGUUAGCCUCGAAGUCAGUCAAACAGGUCGACCAGUGCAGGAGAUGAAAGCACAGUUGGCUCGCAUUCCUGAAUGGCUAGAAUACUUUGCGAGUCUGUCCCGUACAUACGAAGGGAGUGUAACUCCAUUCAAGGGACCGGUGAUUAACACAUUGACAAGAAGCCCUAUUGGCGUGGUUGCGCAAAUCACUCCAUGGAAUCAUCCACUACUGAUAGCAAUAAAAAAGAUCGGCGUGGCUCUUGCAGCAGGUAAUACUGUUGUGGUCAAGCCAUCGGAACUCGCGCCUAUAAGUGUACUCAAAUUGGGUGAGUUAUUCAAAGAAGCCGGUCUUCCUGAUGGAACUUUACAGAUCAUCUCGGGGUACGGACGCGACACGGGCAAGUUUCUAUGUCAGAAUCCGUCCCUCGCGCGUAUUGACUUGACUGGUGGUUUGCUCACUUAUAAGGCUAUCGCGCCUAUUGCAAGUCAAAACAUGAUCCCGAUCACGGCGGAACUGGGAGGGAAAGCUCCAGUGUGUAUCUUCCCCAAUAUGGAAGUCACUGAGGCAGUCCGAGCUGCACUCUUCGCAAGUUUCAUCGCCAGUGGACAAACAUGUGUUACGGGGAGCCGGCUACUCGUCCAUGCAGAUAUUUAUGACGAAUUCGUCCUGGAAAUGGUCAAACGCACCACGGCUCUCAGAUUGGGCGAUCCCACCGAUCCUACAACCCAGAUCGGAGCUGUCAUCAACCAAGCGGCCGUCGACCGCUGUGCAGCAUUUGUCUCCCACGCAGUUGAGGAAGGUGGGAAGCUCCUGUGUGGCGGCGACUCUCCAGACCGUAAAGGAUUCUUCUUCAAGCCCACACUGAUAGAGACCGACGGGAAGUCCAACCUAUUCUGCAACGAAGUGUUUGGGCCGGUCAUCGCAGUGGUGAAGUGUGCUUCCGAGGAGGAAAUCAUUGAACUUGCAAACGGGACAAGUUUUGCACUCGGAGCCUCGGUCUGGACGCGCGACUUCGCACAGGCGCAUCGAGUGGCGGAGCAGAUCGAUGCAGGCAUUCUGUGGAUCAACGGUCACCAUUUGAACGAUCCGUCUUCGCCCUGGGGCGGAUUUAGGGAGAGUGGAAUGGGGAAGGAGAACGGGAGGGAGGCGUAUGAGAGCUAUACUAAAGUCAAAAGCACCGUUAUCAAUUAUGGUGUGCCGCCGGCUUGGUUUGAUGCUCCGGGAGAGCAGGCGAGGUAUGGAUAG